UCCUUCCGGGUCAGCCCAAGAGUUUUUGUGAUCUCCGCGUGUAUUCUCUGCAGCGCUGCGACUCUUUCUGGCCAAGUACUUGGGUGCCUUUUUUUUUUUGGCGGGGGGCUCCUUCUUCUCCUACUUACCUACCCUGUACCCCAGGCCUUCUCCGCAGCCCCUGGAGCAGGCAUCUUCCGAAAUGAGCUCACAGAAAGGGAACGUGGCCCGUACCAGACCUCAGAAGCACCAGAACGCGUUUAGCUUCAAAAAUGACAAGUUCGAUACCAGUGUUCAGACGAAGAGAAUAAAUGCAAAGCUUCAUGAUGGAGUGUGUCAGCACUGUAAAGAAGUUCUGGAGUGGCGAGUAAAAUACAGCAAGUACAAACCACUGUCAAAACCUAAAAAAUGUGUCAAAUGUUUACAAAAAACAGUGAAGGAUUCCUAUCAUGUGAUUUGUAGACCUUGUGCUUGUGAACUUGAAGUUUGUGCUAAAUGUGGAAAGAAGGAAGAAAUUGUUAUUCCGAUCAAUAACAGACUAGAGAAGACAGCAGAUGUUGAAAGUGAUGAAAUAGCCAACUCCAAGAGAAGAAAUGGAAGAAUUGGAGAACAGAGCAGUGAUGAAUUGGAUUUUGAUUUUGAUUUAAACGAAUCAGAAGAUGAAGAACUAAAUAAUCCUAGCAGCUAUAACAAAAACAAAUCUGCAAGUUCGAAAACCUAGCCAACUGACAGAUCUUGUAAAAAGACUUAUGCAAGUCUAUACAAGAAAGUGAAAGCUCAUUGAUGUGGGUUUAAGGGUACCUGGGUUCUGAUCUUGCUAUUGUUAUUAACCAAUUAUGUAAACAUAAACAUAGUAAACAUGUAAACAUAA